AUGGCACUUGUUCAACCCUCUGCUUCUCUUUCUCUCUCUUUUCGUGAUGCAUGUGUUUUCACUGCACCAAAAUACCCUCCCGCGGCUCACUUUCCUCAGAGUAAUUUGGUUCCAACUCGAGCAUCAUUCAUCGCUGGUUCCCCCCUGUUGAUUCGAAGAAAUAAUGGAAGGAAACCCAUAUGCAAAGCAAUGCCUGUUUCUAUAAGAUGUGAGCAAAGUGCCCAGCAGGGAAACAGUUUGGAUGUUUGGUUAGGCCGGCUAGCCAUGGUUGGCUUUGCAGUAGCCAUCACUGUUGAAAUUGCCACAGGGAAGGGACUCCUAGAGAACUUUGGACUUGCAACUCCCCUCCCUACAGUUGCCCUCGCAGUAACAGCACUUGUGGGUGUCUUGACGGCAGUUUUUAUCUUCCAGUCAGCCUCAAAGAAUUGA